AUGAAAUUCAAUAAUGCCAAGCGUCAGGUCCUCCACCUGGGUCACAACAACCCGUGGAGAAGAAUGAAGGCUCGCGCUCCUCCUCCGCCAAAUCAACCUUCUGCAGCAAGUAGAAUUCACAGAGAGCAGAAGUCACCUGCAGACACAGCUGUAACUUCUGAUCAGAACCUUGUUAGCAUGAAGGAGAACAUGAUAAACAGAUGGGUGGACUUCACAGUCAUUUUACCCAGUGGAGUAGAGCAGAAGAGCACAGUACAAGGAAGUAAAGCUGUGAUGGAUCUCUUGGUUGAUUUAUGCAGCCAGUAUCGCUUAAAUCCAUCCCAAUAUAGUCUUGAACUGAAGUCUUCGGGAGCUCAACAACCUCUGAGUUACAAGCCAAACACUUUGAUAGGAGCACUGGAUGUACAGAUGGUAUUUUUGAAAGAAAAGAUUCCUGAAGAGAAGACAAAGAGAACUCUGCCAAGGGUCCCUGAGAAAUCUGUGAGGCUGGUAGUGAACUACCUGAAGACGCAGAAGGCCGUGGUUCGAGUUAGUCCAGAGGUGCCUCUCCACAGCAUCAUCCCAGCUAUUUGUGAGAAGUGUGAGGUCAGUCAAGAGCACAUUGUUCUUCUGCGAGAUGGCAUCACUGGGGAGGAGCUGGAGCUUACUAAGUCUUUGGAGGAGCUGGGGAUAAAGGAACUGUAUGCCUGGGACAGAAAAAGAGUUCCUCCAUCAAAAACUCAGUCUGAACCUACUCUGAACUAUAGAGAACCAAGUCGAAAGGCUUCAGUAAGCAAUGAAGCAAUAGAAAAAGAAAAGACAAGACUACUGGGGUUAUUUAAAACUGAUAGAAGAAGCAGCAAGACAGAAGAACAUUUGAGGAUGUACAGGGACUGUGGUGAGGAGGAUGUUUUUAGUUCUACAUCUACAAGUGAAGGAAGUUUGGAUGGUUUUUCCACAGCCCCAAAUUCCCCUUCAGUGAAUUCUCGCUCCAGUUGCCUGGGUCCAUCACUGUCGCUUGGUAACAUCUCAGGAAUGACAGCAAAUGCAGAAGUGAAGAAGCGCAGAGCACCUCCUCCACCAGUUGUGACACCUGCGUUGCAGAACAUGAAUAUGAGUGAACAAGAAAAGACAGCAGCACAGAUUUCACAAGGAGCAUCCCUAAAUGAUUUACAGAAAAAGAAGAGACGUGCUCCACUCCCACCAACUGCAUCUGCUCCAUGCACUCCUGCCAUGCCAAACAGGACAGAAGAGAGGGAAGACAAAAGGAAGAGCACAAUGGGUGAUGGAUGAAAGGUGCCACAAAAGCCUCCUAGAGGCACCACUUGUGGCCCACUCCAGUUAGUGAUACCCCCACCCCCACCUUACCUUCCUCCUAGAGAUAUUGUAGAUCCAACAGUCUGUUACAGAGAAGCAGAUGUUACAGCAUCAGCAGAGCUGGUACCUAAAUAGAGCCUGCUGCCAUCCACAACCUUGGAUGACACAGUUCUGGAACUAUCAGAGGUGGAAGAAACAGCUUCAGAAAACAGCUGUUUUGCAUCUGAGGAGGCCACAGAAGACUCAGGUGUUGUGAGUUCCCCAUCUGACAUUGUAUCUUUGGAUUCCCAAAAUGGCAGUAUGAAGUUGAGAGACAACAAACUGGUCAAUGGCUCUGUGGACUCAGCUGAGGCAGAUGCGAUGCAUGGCACAGAGACAUGCCCUGUAAAGAGUGCCUGCUGCGAUAGUGUGACAUCAGACAGUGCUCCACAGAGCAGGAGAGAUGAAGAGCAAGCUUCAGCUGAGCAUGAGAAUGAAGCUAUAUUCAUUGCUGCACAACUCCAGCAGACUUUGGCUGACCUGGACGAGGAGUUAGAAGCAGUGGACGGUGUAAGCAACUUUGACUCUGAUUACGAUAAUGAAGUGUGGAGGCCACAUACAACAACAGUCGAGGCUACCCAAGAUGUUACCAUUUCUGUUCCAGUAACAGUCAUAGAUGAUGCUCCAGAAGUUAGUGCCUCUAACUCUGCUGGAAGUCAAGAGGCAGAGACAAGAGUGUCGCAAAAUAUCUUGGCUGACUCUGUUAUUACAGGGAACUUUACAAAUAAAAACAACAAUGCAGGUUCCUUUGAUAAAGGACACACAGAUGGUGGAGCUCUAUGCAUAUCCAAGGACUUAAUAUAUCAGCACCCAACUGAAAAUGAAUUCAGCCUCUUGCCUGUGGAACAGAGGAGAGAUAUGUUCGAAUCUCUCACAUCCUCUUUUGAAAAAAGAAGUGAAAAAAACUUCAGACUGGAAAUACCGCACAAGCAUGGUGUCAAGUCUGAGGAAUGUAAAUCUAAGCUGAGUCCAUCUCACUCCAAGGUCACAGCUGAAAUCAGUAUGGCAAAAGAGAAGAUAAAUCCACUUAAUGAAAGUAGUAACAGGGAAAGGUCUCUGAAAAAAAGUAAAUCAGAAUUAGAAAUCAAAUGGCCGCCAGUAAAAAAAAAUGAAGCAGAAGACGUUCCAUCAACAUCCACAUGGUAUCAUCGUGCCCAGAACUCAGCAACAAACUAUGAACCUAAAAUGGGUUUGACAACCUUUAAAGUUGUCCCUCCCAAACCUGAAGUAAAACAUUUUGAUAGAGGAGUUUCACUUUCCACUGGUGCCAUUAAGAUAGAUGAACUAGGUAACCUUAUAUGCCCAAACUCUGAUAACAGUAAGCACAUACCAGGUACCUCUGGUGAUGAAAGUGAGGAAAUUUGUCUUGGGAAAGUGAAAGCAUUCUGGAGGUCAAGUUCUACUGAAAAGCAAAGUGAUGACUCUGCUGAGCAUCUUCCUAAAAAGUCAGCAGUCACCACAAACUCUAAGCCCUUUACUAUAAAACAUGAACACAAACUGGUCUGUCUUGCAGCUCCAAAACCUGCAGCACCACAAUUUGUUACUACUCAGGCAACUGAAAGACAGUCAGAGAACGAAAGGACCAAACCACCUCUUUCAGUUGCACAAUCCCAGCUAACACCAUUAAUGGCUCCACCCAUGAAUAAGGACAAGCUGGAGCUUCCAUUUGUAAAGCCACAUAGAAGAACUUCAAGUCAGUAUGUUGCCUCUGCCAUUGCAAGACACAUCAGUGCAACUACCUUUAAGUGUGACUCUAUGGAAUAUCAUGAGAGAGAUGAAAAUAAGCAAGGGGCAGGAGAGGUUAAAAAUGAAGCAGAAAUUUCACCCAAAAGAUGUAUUGUCAUAGCCAAAUAUAGCCCUGUGGACACAGAAUCAGCAGAAACAAGAGAAACACUUUCAAGUAUUCUUACUUGCAGUCAGAAAGUAUCACACAGGUUUACACCUGGUGAUAGUUCUGGCGUGGAAAACAAAGUAGUUAACAUUAGGUCACCAAAUCAAGCAACUUCUCUGAGUUUGUGUAAAAGUGUCGCAUUUACUAAGUCAUCUUCCAAGGAUUACAACAUUCCAGAAGAUGAUAAUGGUUUAAACAGAAAACAAAGUAUAGCUGAGAGAAAGACACGUCUUUCUUUUGACCAGAAAUGUGAGACUUCAACCCAUACUACUUCAGUCUCAUCUCCUAAGUCUCCUGAUCUCCAAGGAGUUGUAUCCUCUUUCAGCACACCUUUGCGAGUCACUAAAUGGCCUCCUGCUAAUGGUGUACAAGUUAGUUUGCUAAAAGCUUCACCUGAGCUGGAUGGUGCAGCAGCAAACAUGGGGUCAGAACUGGAAGAGAAACGUGAUGAUUCAGAUAGUAAUGCUAUCAAUGAACUGGAUGUUAAUGUACAGACCAAUAUCUUUGGACCAAAGAAGAAGUUCAAACCUGUCAUCCAAAAACCAGUUCCAAAAGACACAUCACUGCACAGUGCCCUAAUGGAAGCCAUUCAAACAGGAGGGGGAAAAGAGAAACUCAGAAAGGUUUCAGACAGUGCACUAAAUGGCAAUUACAGGAAACCUUCAUAUGCUGAGCCAGAGAAUGAGCGCUCCGCCCUACUAGCAGCAAUUCGAGCUCACAGUGGCACCUCAAAGCUGAAAAAGAUCUCUUCAUUGGCCUCUGAAGAGCUGCAGAGUUUUAGGAACGCAGAACUGUCCUUGCAGAAGACAGAAGACCCUCAGAAAGAGCAGCUUUGUAUCCCACCUGCCCCUGCCCAGCCGCCACCACCACCUCCCACUCAGCUGUCAGCAGCAGCCCCUAAAUCCUCUGCCAUGGCUACCGGUAACCCUGUAGAUGCAAGGCAAGCCCUAAUGGAGGCCAUUCGCUCUGGUGCUGGAGCAGCAAAAUUGAGAAAGGUAAAUGUACUUUUACAUUUUAUUGUGGAUGAAGCAACCUAUGUUUACUCUGGGCAACUUGUGACAGCAAAAAUUGAAUCUGUAGAGGAGAGAGAAUAUGAUAGGUCUGUAUCAGAGUUUUCUUCUUUAACAGCUGAAGAAUGUGUCCUAAGGAACACUGAGGUUUUUGUAGACUGGCUGGCAGGUGGCUUUGUUCCACGGCUGAAGCAAACAUUUUCGUAUGUUUUGCCUCUUCUGUCAAAGAUCUAUGAUGUCAUGAUUCGGAGAUGUGAGCGCAGCGAUGGUUUUGACUUUGUUUUCUAG